CAGUCAUUUCACAGUUUCACCCACAUCACAGACUUCAUUCUUUCAACAUCUUCCACUUCUCAAAAAUAUCCGCAAACACAAAAACAUGACUUCGACUUCAACUUCAACACAACACGAACCAAUGAAACCAUAACCAUUUCCCCAACAGACAUGCCAUCCCGACAACCUCAAACCGCCCCGUCAGCCAUACCUCACCAUCACCACCACCACCGCCUUCUCACUCCUCUCCUCGCCGCCGCCGCCGCAGCAUGCUCCCUCCUGCUCCUCCUCCUAAUCGUCCUCCUCCUCUGCCGCCGCAAGCGCCCCAUCCUCGACUCCAAACCCCCCCACCGCCUCUCCUUCUCCCUCCUCCGCCGCGCCACCGGCUCUUUCUCCACCCGCCUCGGCCACGGCGGCUUCGGCCCCGUCUUCGCCGGCGCCGUUGCUGGCAACCCUGUCGCCGUGAAGCUCAUGGACUCGGCCUCCCAGCAAGGGGAACGCGAGUUCCACAAUGAACUCUUCUUCGCCUCGAGGCCCCUCCUCUGCCGCCACGUCAUCACUGCCAUAGCAUUCUCCUCCGACCCCAAACGACGCCGUUUUCUUCUCGUCUACGACCUCAUGCACAACGGCAACCUCCAAGACGCCCUCUUGCACCGCAAGUGUCCCCAACUCGCCAAUUGGAACACGCGCUUCUCAAUUAUCUCUCACAUAGCUCAGGGGCUUCUUUACCUUCACACUUGUGAUCCCCCCAUUAUCCAUGGUGACAUCAAACCUAGUAAUAUUUUGCUUGAUCGCGAUUUUUUGGCAAAAGUUGGCGAUUUUGGACUUGCCCGGUUGAAAUCGGAGCCUCCCCGGUUUGAAAUUGAGGUCCUUGAUGAUGGUGGUGGUGGUGGUGAUGAGGAGAAGAAAAAAAAGGAUGAUUUGGAAUUUGAGGGUGGUGGGGUUGUGAAUGAUGAUUGUGUGUCUGUGGAGAGUGUGCAUAGUGUUUUUCUUGAGGAGGGUAGCUUGGGAGUGGGGCAAUCUCCUUCGCCGGAGACAGCGGCGAUGGCGAUGACUUCACCAGAGACGGGUUUGGCAGUGGCUGCGUCGCCGGGGAGUGAGAAGGAUGUUGUUAAGAAGAAUGGGAAAGGGUUGAAAAGUAAUUCAGUGAAGGAUUGGUGGUGGAAGCAGGAGAAUGAGGUUGGGGAGAGUAAGAAGGUGAAGGAUUAUGUGAUGGAGUGGAUUGGAAGGGAUGUGAAUAAGGAAAGGGGGAAUGAAGAAAUUGGGAAGGGAGAGAAGAAGGAGAAGAAAAUGAAGAAGAAGAGGAAGCAGGAAUUGGAAUGGUGGGAAUCAAUGGAUGAGGAAAAGUUUGAUGGGGUUUUGAAGAAGGAGAAGAGAAGGCCAGUGAGGGAAUGGUGGAAGGAGGAGUGUUGUGAAGAUGUUGCAAAGAGGAAGAAGAAGAAGAAAAAGAGAAAAGGAGUGAGUGUUAAUGGUGAUGAUGACAAUUGUGAUGAUUGGUGGGUGAGUGAUGAUGCAAUGUAUGGUGAUAAGAGGAAGAUGAAGAGCAGAAGUAGGAAUAAUAACCGUGGGAAUAUGGAUUGGUGGUUAGAGGGGUUAAGCGGUGAGUUAUGGAGAGCACGUAGGAAUAGCUUUGAUUCUGCUAGUGGUGAAAUUCCAAAGAGUGGUGGUGUGAGUAGUACUCCUAGUAUGAGGGGAACUGUCUGUUAUGUUGCACCCGAGUAUGGUUAUGGUGGUGAUGUCUCUGAGAAGUGUGAUGUGUAUAGCUUUGGUGUCCUGUUGCUUGUCAUCAUUUCUGGGAGGCGCCCACUUCAGGUGAAUGGUUCGCCGAUGUCUGAGUUUCAUCGCGCGAAUCUUCUUUCAUGGGCACGCCAUUGUGCCAGAAAUGGGAAGCUCAUUGAGCUGGUUGAUCAGUCCAUUGAGUCAUUGGAUGAGGAGCAGGCUCUUCUCUGCAUCAAGGUGGCUUUGCUUUGUUUGCUUAAGUUGCCUGCUCGUCGUCCUUCGAUGAAGGAGGUUGUAGGAAUGCUUAUUGGGGAGUUGGAGCCCCCCCAAUUGCCUGUUGAGUACUCACCUUCAACCCCUUCUCGCUUUCCCUUCAAGUCUAGGAAAAAAGGCAGGUGAUUUUCUACAAUCAAAUAACACAAUUUCAUUAGUAGUAACAGUAACAUACAAAUAAUUUGUAUAUGGAUUUAGGAGGGAGAAGUUAUGUUAUCAACAUUGGAGUUCACUUUCUCUCCUCUUUCUCUUUUUGGGUUAACCACUUUGCUCUUAGUCCUCUCACUUUUCCUUAUUUUGAUACCAUUGUGGCCUACUGGUUAGAGUUUGAUCUAUGUACAUUACAUUCACCUACUUUAGAUAUUUUUUUUCAUGCUGACUUAUAGCGUGCCCUGUGUGAGUUCGUGUUUUGGAAAUUCUGGCCCAUGUUCUAGUGGCGAGGACUGUGGUCAUCUUUGUACUUCUCAUUCUCUUACUUUUGGAAAUGAAAUAACAGCAUACCUUUUGUU